CUCUGAAUCACAUCUAGCUUUAGCGAUCAUCUGAAAACCAGCCGUUUCAGCCAUGAGACAGUUUUUGCCUACUUCUGGGUCUUGUGUUAUUUUGUCUCUGCUUUGUUUCAGCCAGUUUGCUGAGGCCGCUGGUUUCUUCUGGGGCUCAUCUCAUAACAGGACUAAGGUCUCUUCCAGAAGAACUCGAGGUGCUGAAUCACUCAUUCCCAGAGACUGUAAGCUGAAGAGCUGGACAUCAUGGACGCCAUGCAACUCCUGCACAGAGAAAACGGUGCGUUUUCAGUACGUGGAGAGACCCUCGCAGUUUGGAGGCACGAGCUGCGUGCACAGCCAGUGGGAUGAGAAACUGUGUCCGGUUCAGGGCGAGUGCGAGCCUCAGGAUGAGUGUGGAGACAUGUACGCGUGCCCUGAAACAGGACGAUGCAUUAGUCAGCAUCUUCUCUGCAACGGUGAUUGGGAUUGUGAGUUCGGCAGUGACGAAGACAACUGCGAGGACACGAGAAGCCCAGAAACCAAGUGUGUCGGCAUGCUCUCCAUCCCGGGAGCGCACAAGGCCACACAGGGCUAUAAUGCUCUGUCAGACGUUUUUGUGAACCCCGUUCUGGACCCUAAAUACUUCGGAGGCAUAUGCGAGUACAUCUACAACGGAGAGUGGAGGGAACUGACGUAUGACUCCUUCUGCGAACACCUUCACUAUAGCGAUGAUGAGAAAUAUUUCCGGAAGCCGUAUAACUUCUUAUCAUAUCGUAUGAUGGCACAUUCUCUCAGCGAGGGAUCAACCGAAGAUUACAGUGAUGCUGCGAGCUUAUUAAACGCGCAGAAAACAGAGUCUUCCUCCAACUGGGGUGUGAAUAUUGGCAUCAUGUAUGUGGAAGCUGGACUGUCUGGGAGUCGUGCAGAGACAGUACUGAAAAACAUAUCACAGUACGACAGUAAGGAAGUGCAGUUUGUUCGGCUGCUCUCGACGGUGGAAACAGCGCAGUUUAAGAUGAGGAGUCGGGAUCUGAUGCUGCACGAGGACAUGCUGCAGUCGCUCAUGGAGCUGCCUGAGAAAUACGACUUUGGCGCUUACUCACGCUUCAUCAGUGAAUACGGCACUCAUUAUGUAACGCAAGGCAUCAUGGGAGGCAUUCUGGAUUACAUAGUGGUGCUCGACAAACAGGUCAUGGCAAGACAGAAGCUGGAGACUCGGGAUGUAAGCAAGUGCCUCGGCAUUUCUCUGGGCAUCUCAAAAACCAUCGAUCAGGGCUUAAGUGGCAACCUUACAGUAAAACACGAAUCGUGUGGGAAAACAGGAGAACUGAAUCGAGAGAAGCAAGAAAACACUGGUCUGAUCAAGGACGUGAUCGGCUUUGUGAAAGGAGGCAUCACAGGCCCCAGCGCCGCUCAGUUAGUCAUCCGUAACGCAGAGACUUACAGGGCCUGGGGCAAAUCUCUCAAAUACAACCCAGCCGUCAUUAAGUUUGAGGGUCUGCCCAUCUACGAGCUGGUGCGCUUCAGCACGGCGGCGGCUCAGGCACGCACCAGGCUGCCGCUCCUGAAGCAGGCGUGGGAGGAGUACAUGCAGGAGUUCAACCCGUGCCGCUGCGCCCCCUGCAGGAACAACGGCGUGCCCGUGCUCACGCGUACGUCCUGCAGCUGCCUCUGCAAGGCGGGAUACGACGGCCUCGCCUGUGAGAAGGCCGAACGCAAACCUGGUCCUAUUCAUGGAGCGUGGAGCUGCUGGAGUUCCUGGUCUUCCUGCGCGUCUGGAACAAAGACACGAAGACGAGAGUGUAACAACCCCGCUCCUGAAGCCAACGGCUUCCCGUGUACAGGAAACUCGGUGCAGACGAAACGCUGCUGACACGAGCGUGUACAAUCUCUGACUAAAAUGUAUUCUAUGGAAAGGUUUUGAUUGGUUGGAGAAUCUGGAAGUUUCUGGAUGAAUCUAAUAAUCAAUUAAAAGCUUUACACCAUUA